AUGCAAGCUGGCUGCGACCUCAUCGAAGAGGUGCCCUUCUGCCGGUGGGAUCACACCCCAAUGUUCGAUGAGGAUCCGGAGAGCUGGAAGUGGGCGAAGACAAACAGCAAGCACGGCGCCUUUAUUGACGGAAUCGAACUCUUUGACAACCGCUUCUUCAACAUCUCGCCGGUGGAAUCCCGCGGCAUGGACCCAGCACAAAGGCACAUCUUGGAGACUUCCUAUGAGGCGCUGUAUUACAGUGGCUACACGAAGAAGUCCCUCAUGAGGUCCCUCUUGGGUGUCUACGUGGGUGCAGCCGCGACCGAGAUGAACUACAUGCCAGCGACGGCCUGUAGCUCAGGUACUGGUGGUGCGAGCAGUAUCACCUCGAAUCGAAUCUCUUUCUGCUUGGGCAUGCAAGGCCCCAGCUACACAAUCGACGCACAGGGCGCAUCGUCUCUGUCGGCUCUGAACAACGGGGACAUGAGUCUGAGGCUGCAGACCGAACACUACAAGCCCAACACCGCGGCCCUGAUUGGCGGGGCGUAUCUGAUGAUCACAGGCACCACCUGGAUUAUGAUGAGCGCCAAAGGUGUCCUCUCUGCACAAGGCCGUUGUUUCUGCUUCGAUCAAUCUGCAGAAGGGAUGGCGAAGGGCGAAGGCAUCGCGAACCUGGUCUUGGAACGUGAAGAGGAUGCGGGCAAAGAUGGCGGCAGCAAGCCCUCGAAUGGUACCAUCGCAUCCACCUUCGCGAACCACACAGGGCGCGGGGCCUCGCUGACGGCUCCCAACGGUUUGCAGGAAGGCGAGCUGGUCCUUCAGGCCACACGGGCAGCGGCGAUUACCCCAUCUUCCGUGGAUGCGAUCGAGUGCUUCAGCCACGGGCUGCCCCUCCAGGAUGCUGUCGAGGCCCAGGUCUUGCGCCGAGCCCUUCGGGGCCACGCCGAGGUCGAGGCGCCGCUGUCCCUGACAAGCGGCUUCUCUGGGAGUGGAAUGGCACUGGAGUGUGCCGGAAUGGCACAGAUUCUGAAGGUGCUUGCCAGCCAGAAGUUUGGCGCCAUCACGCCGCUGCAACAUCUACAUCAGCUGAACCCCGAGAUUGAGCAGCCCAGCCGCGACGACGCGGCCCUCUUUGCCAGUGAGGUCAUCACCAUUGAAGGGCUGGGCUCGUAUUGUGGCACGACGGCGAAAG